GUAUUGGAACUGCUCAUCAGGAAUCGGCAAUGUAUUUUUUAUUCACUAACUUGGAAGUGAUUGUGAUCCUAUCCAGAGAAAGGUGCGGUCUCACCAGAUGCAUCACUUACUACCUCGUAUUCAUGGCAGUGACAGACCUACUGGUCAUUAUUACAGCUGUAAUAUUGAACCGCAUUGUUGGAAUUUAUUUCCCAUUCAGCGUCCUGUAUGUCACCCCAGUCUGCAGUGUCAAUUUUGCCCUCAUGGCUGGAAGCAGUGAUUGUUCUGUUUGGGCAACUGUAGUAUUCACUAUUGAUCGGUUUGUAGCCAUUUCUUGCCCAAAAUUGAAGACACGAUAUUGCACAGAAAAAGUAGCAGCUGUGGUUAUAGGGGCAGUUUGUGGCAUCAGCUGUAUCAAAAAUACAUUCUGGUAUUUCAUAUAUGAACCAUUAUAUACAAUUGGCAAUGCACCAUGGUUUUGCAAAAUUAAGUCUAUAUUUUAUACCUCACCUGCAUGGGCUGCAUUUGAUUGGAUUGAUCGCAUUUCAACCCCUUGCCUCCCAUUCGUUUUGAUCUUACUGCUCAAUGCUGUGACUGUCAGACAAAUUCUAAAGGCCGUUCGAAUUCGCAAAAGACUCCAUGUUGGUAAACAGGGGGAAAAUCAGAAUGACACAGAGGUGAGGAACCGGAGAAAGUCCAUCAUCCUGCUCUUCUGUAUCUCAGGCAAUUUCCUCCUGUUAUGGCUGCUGUAUUUUUUAACAUUUCUCUACGUUCGAAUUGCUAACGUAAGUUAUUUCUCAGGUUCCAAUUACAAAGAGUCCAAUUUCAACCUGGAAGAAAGCGGGUAUAUGCUUCAGAUCUUAAGUUCCUGUAUAAACCCAUUUAUUUAUGCAGCGACCCAGAGUAAGUUCAGAAAUGAGUUAUGGAGUGGCAUUAAAGUUUCCAUCAAUUUUGUUGUGAAGAUUUUAAAAUUUUGACAAAAAAUGAACAAUUCAUGGACUAAGACUUAUUUGUAUAAU